AUAUCCUUUCCAUCCUUAACCAUCGCAAAUUCGCAAUCGAGGAUUCACAAACGCCGCCCCUGCCGCCGUCGCCGCCGCGUCGCCGGCUGCUCCGUUGCCCCAGCGGGGUUAGCGCACGCAGCGCGGCAGGGUUCUCGGCUAGGGCGGCCGUCACGGUGCCCAUGGCCGACCAUGGCGUGGUCACCGGGAAGCGCACCGUCGCAGAGACCUUCUCUAGGCUCAGGGAGCAGGGCAAGACUGCAUUCAUUCCAUUCAUCACCGCGGGUGAUCCUGACUUAGCAACCACAUCGAAAGCAUUGAAGAUCCUCGAUUCCUGCGGUUCAGAUGUGAUUGAGGUUGGCGUACCAUACUCGGAUCCGCUGGCUGAUGGGCCGGUUAUUCAGGCAUCUGCAACACGUGCACUUAAGAAAGGCACUACCCUCGAAUCUGUCAUAGGGAUGCUGAAAGGGGUUGCACCUGAGUUGUCUUGUCCUAUAGUUCUCUUCACAUACUACAACCCAAUUCUGAAGCGUGGGGUGCGAAACUUCAUGGCUACUAUCAGACAAGCUGGCGUAAAUGGACUUGUAGUACCUGAUCUUCCUUUGGAGGAGACAGUGUUGCUGAGGAGCGAGGCCAUUAUGCACAGCAUAGAGCUGGUGCUGCUUACAACGCCAACCACUCCAACAGAGAGGAUGAUGGAAAUUGCAAAAGCUUCAGAAGGAUUUCUUUAUCUUGUGAGUGCUGUUGGAGUUACAGGUGCACGCUCAAAUGUAAACUUACGUGUGGAACAUCUUCUUAGGGAGAUCAAGAAGGUUACAGACAAACCUGUAGCUGUUGGCUUUGGUGUAUCAACCCCGGAGCAUGUGAAACAGAUUGCAGGCUGGGGAGCAGAUGGUGUAAUUAUUGGGAGUGCAAUUGUUAGACAGUUAUGUGAAGCUGGUACUCCUGAAGAAGGGCUGAAAAGGCUAGAGGAGUACACCAGGAAUAUAAAGGCCGCCAUGCCAUUGAGGUGAUCACGCCCAUCAUGAGCAAGCUGAUUAGAACACAACAGAAUACCGAUUUCAGUGGUAAUCUGGUCAAGGAUUAGCACCCUUAGUUCAGCCUGUGUUGUUUGAUGCUUCCGUCAUGCUCGAACUCUAUUCCUGCCUAUAGAAUUAUAAACCGAAUAAAGGCGGUGGUAGUUCAUUAAUUGUCUGAAGUAUAAGAUUGUGAUAUUUUAUCAUGGUUUGGAGGGAAAGGAUUUUAAAGUUUCAUAUGCUGA